AUGAAAGCAGACAUAAUUGGAGUUCGGCUUUCAGACAGCCGACAGGUUGUCUUUUUGGAAAUGAGUGGUGCUCCAACGGACUUCUUGAAGGCGCACCCAAUUGGAGAUACGUAUCGACUAACUCUUAGAACGAUAUUUUUAAGAGGAAAAGAGGACUAUGUGGAUGAAGAAGAAUUCUCUGCAGUUUUCCCACUUAGUUGGGAUUUCCGGUUCCAAUUCAUUGAAAUAUUUGAAUUGAUGGAGUUUGUGGUCAUAUAUAUUUUAGAAUAUUCAGAUAUUAUAAGAGAACUAAUUAAGCAUCCAGCAACCUCAGACGAAAUUCUCUGA